AUGAAUCCAGAUUAUCACUAUUUAUUCAAGCUUUUACUCAUUGGUGACAGUGGUGUCGGUAAGAGUUGUUUGCUACUCAGAUUUGCUGAUGACACAUAUUCAGAAAGUUUCAUCUCAACCAUUGGUGUCGAUUUUAAAAUUAGAACUAUUGAAUUAAAUGGAAAGACUAUUAAAUUACAAAUUUGGGAUACAGCUGGUCAAGAGAGAUUUAGAACCAUCACUAGCAGUUAUUAUCGUGGUGCCCAUGGUAUCAUUGUUGUAUACGACGUUACAGAUAGAGUCACUUUCGACAAUGUCAGACAAUGGCUUCAAGAGAUUGACAGAUUUGCAUGCGAGAGCGUUAAUAAGCUAUUGGUAGGAAACAAGAGCGAUCUUGUCGCCAAGAAGGUCGUCGACACCAACACUGCUAAAUCUUUUGCUGACACAUUGGGUAUCCCAUUCUUGGAAACCUCUGCCAAACAAUCAACAAAUGUAGAACAAGCUUUCAUGACAAUGGCUACUGAGAUUAAAAAUAGAUUGACCGCUUCUCAACCAGCUCCAACUACUGGUGGUGCUAAAGUUGUUCCAGGAUCAUCAGCACCAAUUCAAACAAAGAGCGGAUGUUGUUAG